GUAUGAAGGAAAAAUUUUCAGCAUUUCCAAAAUAUGAAAUUAAUUUAAAAUUAUCAUUCUGAAUAGAUUUCACUGUAAGAUGACUUCCAUACUGGCAACUAUAUUUUAUCCAGUAUUGUGAAGUUGCGGAAGUAGUGUAUAGGUAUUUUUAUUUUUAGAUGAAUUUGCAGGGGAUACUGAAGAAUGAUGAUCUGAUAACACGAUUCUUUCGACUGAGCACUGAGAUGUGUGUGGAUCUCUGUUAUCGAGCCCUAGCAGAUCAGCCUUCAAGUUCACCAACUCUGAUUCGUGCUAAGUGUUUUCAUACUUUAGAUGCUUAUGUUAGACUCAUUGCUCUUUUGGUAAAACACAGUGGUGAUGCAUCUAAUACAGUUACAAAAGUCAAUCUACUAAAUAAGGUUCUUGGUAUUGUAGCAGGAGUUUUACUUCAAGAUCAUGAAAUAAGAAGUACUGAAUUUCAACAGCUUCCAUACCAUCGAAUUUUUAUUAUGCUUUUCCUUGAAUUGAGUGCACCAGAACCAAUUUUAGAAGCUAUCAAUUUUCAAGUUACUACUGCUUUUUGUUAUAUUGCUUGGAAUUUAUACAGUCAGUUAUUAGUCCAUCUUUUUAAAUUUUUGGCUCCCUUUUUAAGAAAUGUAGAAUUAGCAAAACCUAUACAUCUUUUGUAUAAGGGAACACUGAGAGUCUUGCUUGUGCUUUUACAUGAUUUUCCAGAAUUCUUAUGUGAAUGUCAUUAUAGUUUCUGUGAUGUAAUACCACCAAAUUGUAUACAAAUGAGAAAUCUCAUUCUUAGUGCAUUUCCCAGAAAUAUGAGGCUACCAGAUCCGUUCACACCAAAUUUAAAAGUAGAUAUGUUACCAGAAAUUACUGCAGCACCUCGACUUUUAACUAACUUUCCUAAUUUGAUAUUACCACCUAAUUUUAAAAAAGAUUUAGAUUCGUAUAUAAAAACAAGAAGUCCAGUAACAUUUUUAUCUGAAUUAAGGAGUAGCCUUCAA